AUGAUUGCAAAAAUAAAAGACUUGUUUGCCCCUGCAAAAAGUGUAUAUUUUGAUGCUCCAGAAGACAGCAGGGAGGACGAGUUUGGAUUGAAGAAGUCAGUUAGUCAAGAUCUUUACGUCUUUUCAGAAAAUGCUACCGGUAGUCGUCUACCUCCACUAAAUGCUCAUCUCACCACAAGAGUCAAUAUCCUUUCUUUGCAAGUUUAUCAUGGUAAAACCAAUCCAUCAAAAUACUUGAAGCAAUGCGAAGAUGUGCAAUUUCUAGAGUUUGCAAUCAAAAUUAAGCAACGUAUAGUUCUCCUGGUUCAAAAAUUAGUGAGGCUUGUGAUUGAAGUUGCUGAGGCAUGGAACAAUACACUGAUGUUUAGUAACGAGGUCAUUGGUUUUAUCAUACAGCAAAGCAAUCAGUUUAUUGUCGGUUCACCAUUUGAGUCAGAGUUGGUAGAACCUUUUUGUUUAAGUCUUUUUGCUGAUACAAAAAUUAUCGAACAAGUUGAAAAAUUGCACAAGUUUAUCAAUAAGCUGAGGUUUAAGAAAUUCAGAAGGGAUAUUAGCACUCGUAUGGCUUCUGUUUUCAAUUUAACGGUUGAUAUAAACGAGUUUGCCAAUGACUUGGUCUCCAAAUUUAUGGCUUUAUGGAUGUUUGCUUUGUUAGAUAUAAAUUGA